UGGCAUGAAAGGCUGAACGGGGUGGAAACUUUCACUUUGAGCAAAAGAACGGUUCUAAUGGAGUCUAUGUGCUUGUACUUUUUCAUGUCUGUCCUUUCCCACAGCUCUCCCAGACCAAACAUUCAACUCCCCAAACUGAUGGCAAAAAAAAAAGAAAUUCAAUUAACUGUGAAGAUGUGUUUUCAGAAAAAAAAUAUAACCAUGGAGCUCUUGGACACAAUGUGGGGAAAUGUCAAAGACCCUUCAGUUGCUGCAGAAAGAGAUCCCAACACAACCAGGUUAAGUUAGAGGAAACGCACAGAUGAGGACAUUAUGCCCCUAUAAACUGCCAAAAGUCCUUGUCUUUUGUCCACCUCUUCUCCUCAUCAAAGCUGCUGGCAAACUGGAGGACGCAGCACAGAUCUGGCACAGUCAAGAAGGAUUUUCAGCUCCCCAAUUAAAGCAGUGUGUAUGGUCCAUCAGGUGCUCAUAGUGGUGACCAGAACUUCCCUGCAAUAAGAAGAAAUAUGCAAAAUGGUGAAGAUUUUUUGAAAAUCCUCAUGUUCAAUUUGUGAAACUCACAUUUCUUGAAAAAGCCUCUUUGGGUGAAGAAGGCAGUUUUUCUCUUACGCUUGCACGUGUGCAUUCUUGAUCUGACAUGACUUGCAACCACAAGAGAGCACUCUUUCCUUUGAAGAUUUCUCAGUUUCCCCAGAAAGCUAGAGACAUGCCAUAUAAGUUUGCAAACAGCUUGUAAGCUGUUUCAGUUAGACCAGAGCAGCCGAAACAACAAAGCUUGCAGUUGUCUUUUGGAUUUCGUUGUGAAAAGCCUUUGGGUAGUUUUCAGAUGACAGAAGAUCCUUGGUUCCUGAGAGGGAGGAGUUGUGCCAAAACUUUGAAGAUCCCUGUAAACUUUGCAAAUUACCCAUCUUGUGGAGACAAUUAUAUCAAACGAUAUCGUGGAUUACAAUACAUGAGAAGUGUUUAGAGCCUGGAAGAUUAUUUAUGUUUGGCAUUAGCUCUUAUGGUCAUAAUUUCAAGCAGAGAGAAAAGGAAUACACAGGAACCCUCUUAUUAUCUUUUGAAAUAUGAAGAUCAGAGGAAAAGAAGGGUUUAAAGUGUGGAGUGAUGGUCCUCAAAACCUGUCUGUAAAUUAGCUGGUAUCCAACAUCUAUAAAAACAACAAGACUUAGAGCUGACUUCCAGGCACAGAGUGGACCUCAUGAAUGGUUAGCAGUGCUUUGAGAUCUGAGUGUUCAUACACCACAGGAGGAAAUUGCAGCCUGUGGGGUAGAGUACCUAUACAAAUGUUUCCUCCUUGCUUGGACUGAUACAAGAUUUGGAAGCCAAAUUUGGGAACUGACAUUCCACCAGUGGGGAAUAAAAAAAGAAGCAUGGACAGCAGUAAAGAUGAUGAUGGACUACUGAACAGGAUUGCAUUUCCAGGAGCUAUGUCCCUGGCUAACAGCCAUGUGCAUCCCCAUGGGGUGCCCCUAAGAGAGCCCUUUGGGGUUCCCUUCCAUCUGGACCCAUCUUACUGGGAGCAAGCCUAUGGCGGGCACACAGGUCGCAUCUCCUACAUCCCAUUCCCUGGCUACGUGGGCAUCUAUGACUAUUCCUUUGAGCCUGCCUUCAUUCGAAAGAGGAACGAGAGGGAAAGGCAGCGGGUGCGCUGCGUGAAUGAGGGCUACACACGCCUGAGAGAGCACCUGCCCAAGGAAUUUGCUGACAAGCGCCUCAGCAAAGUGGAGACUCUGAGAGCUGCAAUAAGCUACAUCAAACACCUACAGAGCUUGCUGGACUGUCAUCCCUUAGGGUCGAACAGUAAAGAAAUGCUCUCUGACAAGGAGCUCCCAGAAGCUCCCAGUCCUGGUCGCCCACGGGAGUGCAACAGUGAUGGAGAGUCCAAAACCUCAUCAGCUUCAUCCCCCUACAGUGAAUUUGAGGAGAUGGGCAGCUAAGUAACAGCCUCUCUGGAGAC